UACACGGGGCGAAAUUUCCUGGGAAGUUCAACCCGUUUGUUUUGUUUUUAGUUUGGCGUUUUCAUAUUUUCCUCUCCACCCGAAGACCCUGGUCGGGGCAGCAGAAGACAUGUACACCCUGCGGAAGUGGCUGUACAAGCCAAAGAGGACAGACACUCAGCUGCUGGCUCAGUUUUACUACCUGGAUGAGGAACUGAAUACUGUUGCUGCGGAGCUGGACAGCUUUGAUGGCAGGAAAGACCCAGAACGAUGCACGCUACUGGUCAACCAGCUGCGGGCCUGUCAAGACAAGGUUUUGGGGGUAAUAAUGCUGAUAAUGGAUGACUGCCUGGAUGAGGACAGAGCCAGUCGAGAUUACCGGGUCAAAUUUCCAGACGACGUCCUGCAGGACAACCUCCCUGGGCAACUCUGGUUUGGAGCUGAGAUUAAGGAGUCUCUGCAUCUGUUUGACCGGUUGUUUGCAGAGUUUGAGUUCAGCUAUGUGAGUGCCAUGGUUCCUGUCAAGACUGCUAAGGAAUAUGACAUGAUGCAGGAUGUCAUUGUGCUCUUCUCUGAGACAGUGCAGAGGGCCCUGGAAGCAGAGCUGCUAACACAGGAGAUGAUUGAUGACUAUGACCCAGCCCUGAUGUUCACCAUUCCUCGCCUUGCUAUUGUCAGUGGGCUGCUGCUGCAAGAAGAUGGCCCUCUUAAUGUGGACAGGGACCCUACAGAUAUAUGUGAGAUGUUCAGACCAUUCCAGUCACUCCUUUAUAAGAUCAGAGAGCUGCUGCAGACCUUGAGUCCACAGGAGCUGACAGUUCUAGGGAGGGCUCUGAGCAGCUCAGAGGAGCCUGGGAUGUACAGGGAUGUGGAACCUGUCAAUCUUCAUGACCUGGACCAAUCAGAGAGGACGGAGCUGAAGUUGGAAUCAUUCCCACCUAAAGAAUCAGAUCUGUAUUCACCUGAAGCUCAGGACACACAUACUACAGAGUUGCAGCAGUUACACAGCAUGUUCCAGAACAUCCGCAGUGAGAUGGCCAACUACCUGGACCAGAGUGGCAGCGAGCCCCACCGAACAAGCAUGCCCAUGUACGGAGAGGAGGUUAGAGUCAGGCUAUCCAGUAGGGAAGAGAACAGCGAUCAGUCUGGGAACGAAACAGAGGAGACAGAUGUGUCCAACAUGUCAGACUCCCCCAGGGAUGGGAUGAAUGCCAUGCUGGAGCAGCACCAAAAGGCAAUACAAGACAGUAAUGUGGUGGAACAGGAGCCCUCAAAGGGGAAACCUCCUGACAUAAGGCCCUUAGAUGACAAACCACCAGACAUUGAUAGGCUCAGAGCAAAUUUGCCAGAUGUGGUAGAAUCUGUCACAAUUGAAGUCAGGGGAUGUGAUGUUGAAGACAGAACUCCUGACCCAUGUGGAAAUGGCUCACCACCAAUAGGCAGCACACAGAACAGCAGUACUGCAAAAAAUGCAGACACAAGAAUCAGCCAGAAUGCAAACUCCAAAAUAAUUGUCACAAGCACUGGAUCCAUGUCAGAAACUCAGAAAGAGGUACUGGCAAGGACAGAGUCAAACGAGCUACAGAGCAACCCUGAGGUAAUCGAGGCUUUGAUAUUAAAGGACAUACAGCACUCACUGUCAGAGCAAUGUGCAAUAAAGACAGAUACUUUGGCAACUGAUACUGGUGGAAGUGGGAGAGACAUAAAUGUCUACCACAUUGCCAGCCAGCCCACAGUUGAACCCAUUCCUGAAGAGUCACAGGCAGCUGCAGCAGUAGAGUCCGGGGGCAGCAGCCCUGUCAAGUGGACUGAGGUAUCCUUUGGUGCAUGGAAAGCAUCAAAUCAGACUGAAGAAGAGCAGAAUGUUGAUGGAAUAGCUGUAGCAGGGUGCACCUCAAAGGAGGAUGCAGAGGUUUUACCUGAUGUGAAACCUGAAUCAGAUCGUAAAGAGGCCCUACAGAAAUGCAGUGGGGAAGAAGGGAAGCCUUGUCAAUGCCAGGAAGUGAUGAGACAAAGAGAAGUGUCAUUUGAGGAGCUAUCUGACCCUGACUCCUUUAGUCCAAGCAACUAUUCCUCAGAUCUUGCUACAAGGUAUGAAAGUAUGAACAUUGGUAUGACUGUCGUUCGACCAGAAGAAAUAGAAGAUGCUGCUGAUCUGCAUGAAAGAGAUACACACAAAAAUGAUGAAAGCCUUCACAAAGAAAUACAGGAGCUGUCAGAACUGUUGGAAGUAGAACCAAGAUCAAUUCCAAGUUCUAGAGUUGUAAAGGAGGAGGAAGUGAGGAAAGAUGGGGAUCUCAGUGACAAGUGCAUGUCAAGUGAAGAAGGGCCAUCAGAAACAAUAGAAUACACUUUCAAAAGUCAAGUAGAAAGCACCAACCAUGACAGAGAAAUCAAUGACCAAACAAGUUCACCUCCAGAUGUACCAGGUGAUAGUCUAUUGAUAAAUGGAGUGUACCAAGAACCAAGAAGGGGUAGUGACAUUAGUUUGAUCUCCAGUGGAUUAGACAAUGAUGAUGAGGACAGCGUAAUGAUUGACACUGCCAUCUCCGACACCACUAGCUGCCUGUCUUCAAGUGAAAGUGACACUUCAGAGAUAUUUGGUAUGAAGACGUCCAGCACCGUCAUUUUCAACCCUGAAGGCCAGGCUGAGGGUCUAAGUAGCAGCCACAGGUCUGUUGGGUCUCCCAGAAACAGACAUGUCAGUAAAAGUUCAGACGAGCCAAUGUUUUAUAUGGAAGAUUCAUUCGAGCCAGGCAGUUCUGAGGAUGACUCCUCAAAGUCAACUCACCAGAGGAAAGAAGGUCAUAACGUGGAAAUAAAUGUCUGUUCCACAUCAUGGAAUGAGCAAAGGAAAGUUGGAGGAGAAGCAAAUUGCUUGGUGGAGCCAGUUGCAAGUGCAGUGGGUCAGCUCAAGGUGUUGAAGGAAAGACAUCUUAGUGGGGAGGAGGCACGAGGUCGUAGGUCACCCCUGCUGGAUGCUGUGGGAAUCCCUGCCAGUGCUGCUGCACAGUACAGCCCAAGAAGAAACUUCAGAUUUGAGGAUGUGGAAAGUUCCAGAUACAGCCCAAAACUGUUGUCUCUCUGGUUUGAUGAUGUGGAGAGCCCACGACAAAGUCCCAAGCCCAGUCCAGGGAGGAUCCAAAGGCUGAAGUACAUGGACUCAGGGAGUGGGAACGGCUCCUACAGCAGUUCCCUGGGCAGUGUAACCAGCAGCAUGGGCUCCUUCAGCUCACAGCAGUGGGAAGAGGAAAGUGGCUGCAGCAGUGAGACCAGCUCCUACACCUCAGAGAUGCACGAUGAGCAUGAGAUUGCGCUGGCCGUCCAGGCAGCAGAGCUAGCAGCUCGACAGGAACUCAGGGCCAGGUUUAAGAGCAGCAGUGACCUCAUCCAUCGGCUGUUUGUCUGUAUAUCUGGUGUUGCAGACCAACUACAGACCAACUACGCGAGUGACCUGAGGCACAUUCUAAAGGCAGUGUUCUUGAUGCACUGUACUGUGCUGGAGGAGGUUGUGGAAGACACCAGUCUAAAUCCCAGUCCCACUGCAGAAGCUCAGGAGAAUGGCAUUACAGAGGGAACGGGGGAACAAUGUUCACCAGCAGAUGUUAAUGAUGAUGAAGAUAUUGAGAUAGAGACAGCAGUAGAUGCCCUUGGAGAGGAAGCCAUUGAUGAACUUGAAGACUACGAUGAUGAAGAGUUUGUGAUACUUGGAGGUGUGGGAAGCUUACAGUCUAACCGGCCACUGCCUCCACUACCCAGUAAUGCUGUGGCCGAACCAGUGCCCCCCUCAGAGUACAUAGGGGAAAACACUGGGGAAACCGCAGCUUGGUCACUCAGAGAGAACACCAUGGAUGUAAGACGUGGGUUGGAGGGGGGUGAGGCUACCACACCCUCUGGCAAUGGGAUAGCAGCACUGCUUGCUCGAAAUCAAGCUGAUUGGUCAGAACAUGAGAUGGAGUCGUGGGGGCCAAGCGAAGCCCAGGACAUACCCUUUGAUCCAGCCACACUGCCAAGUAUCCCGUGCAAUGUUUCAGACACGUCCACGCCCACACAAAACGUAAUAGACACCCGCAACACAAUUGAGGAUACUCUUUCCCCCAGUGAAGAUCAUGACACACAAGAACGUGACUUCACAGAGUACACUGUGUAUGGAAUCACCCGAGAACUGCCACCACUUCCCCAGGACACCACAGAAACUGUCCACACAGGUGAUGUCUCUGAUGCCACACUGACACCACCUGAUGACCUGGCAGAUCCACCUUCAGUGCCACCCGACCAGACAGGAUAGACAUGCCCCUGUUUUCUACUGGACUGGACUUCAUGGUGCCCCCUCCCCCUCCUCCACGCACAGAUAUGGACACAAACGUCUUCAGCUUAAGAAGAAGGGAGAGAGGUUCUGUGGAAGAACCACCUGCCUGGCUUCCCGACCAAGCUGUAUCUGGCUGUAUGGCCUGUGGGAUCUUCUGUUCUCGCUGCUCUGCCAACUCUGUGCCCAUCCCACGCUACGGCAUGAUGAAACCAGUCCGGGUCUGCAACCGCUGCUUCAUGUUCCAAGUCACCCCCUUCCUCGCAGACAUCCACUGACACGGCCUGGUCUUGAGGGUGCAUUUAUACCAGUGUUGAAGUAUGUGUUGGGUGGUGUUGGAUAAAGAUCAUGAAUAUUAGAUUUUGAUGAUUACAGUGAGGCUAUAUUUUGCUUGCUAAUGAGACAGUGUAGGCACAAAGGUCUACAAGCACACACCAGAGCUGUCAACUGCAUUUCAUGGCCUUUAUUUUGCCAGAUACCAUCACUGAAUGGAUUACAUUAGAUGCAGUUGAAAGCCCUCUUGCUAAUGUCAGCAGACCUUUGUUGUCUUCAUCGUGCAGUUCGCCUGAAAUGAUUGUAAUUUCCUGCUCUUUCAACCCAGGAAAUUACUUUUUUUAACUUAGUGCAAGGAGCUGGCAUUACUAGUAGUCCUAAGGUAAGAGACAUGCACAGAAAUAAUGUGCUGGAAGUAUUUUUGACAGCUUGCAUGACUGUUUUAAUCUCACUACAUGUACUUUUAACUAUUUUGAGAAAGGAUAAGGCUUACCUGUAAGAGGUGUUAACAUAUUAUGAUAAUAAAAAAGGCUCAAGUCCAUUGGGUAUUAUGCUGACCAUGUCAGCAAACAUGAUGUUUAUAUUGCUAUUGGGGACAUUUUUCUGUACUGAUAGGUACCUUGAUACAUAUAUAUAUAUAUAUAUAUAUAUAUAUAUAUAAGCAGAAUGGGAGCUGCAGAUAAAAUUCAAACAUUCAAAAUGUUUGCGCAUCAUUACCUAAUCAUGUACUGUGUAAUUUAUUUUGGAUGCUGCUUUUCUACUGCCAGGAAUAGGAAAGUACUAGGGAUGGUCUUGUUGUAUAUAUUGUGCAUCACUCUCUGGUAAAUGUUCUCCAAAUAUUCUGCUAAAUAUUGUUCCAUGAAUGUAAGAUGAUAACUGACAACAGAUAACUGACUUUUUUUAUAUAAAGAUUGUUCUUAACUUGUAUCUAUCUGUGGUAAGGGUCCAUAACGUUCAGCUUGAAUUCUUCUUUAUUUGAUAAGUUAUAAGUGAUGUUACUAUUUGUUGAGGGGAGAAGCUCAUCCCUCUGAAAUGGAUGGUUUAUAGGAAGCAGGUGUACUGGCCAGUAGCUUUGGGGAUGUCACAAACAUUACCCUUCAUAAUACAACAUUACUAGCUCCAUGGGGUUAUCUGCUGAUAACUUACAUGUACAAAUGUAUUACUGCUUUCCAUGUAAAACAUUAUAUAUCACAUACUUCAUAACUGUGUAUUCUGUGUUUUAGCUGAUUAGUUGUGAUUGUGUUGCCGUUAGUUCCGGUAGUAUCAGGGUUUACAUUUACCUGGUGUGCUACUUCAGCUUGCUGAGAGUGUGUACUUUCCUAUUUAGUGUCUGACGAUACACGUUAUUCUGGCAUUUUUUGUGGAUUUUAACUGCAAUACCUAGGUUGCAACACUUACAAAUGUAUUGUAACGUAUGACAUUAUGAUUGACUUCAAAAUAAGAGGUGCAAUGAUAUGAUAGGCAAUUCAUUUAGUUUCCUGUCAACUUCUGACAGAGUUGACGUCAAACAUCUUUGGCAUGGUCAUGAAAUGUACAAUGUACACAUAGUACACUUACCUCAGAGUCUAAAGGUGUGGCAAUUGGCAAGACUUUGUGCAUGAUUUAAACACAUUUGUUAAAUUCUUUACUACUAUAGUCACUAGCAGAUUCUUGAAAUGCAAUUUAUCUUUGUGAAGAAGUAUCAUAACGUUAAACACAUCAUUGAGAAGCUGCUGCUCUUUAUAAUAAUAUUGAAAAUAAAGCAAUAUUCAUCUAUACAAUGCACAUCUACUGUAUUUCAACAAUGAGGUCUGUUCUUUGAUAGCUUGGCUAAACAAAAAGACCAUAAUUGUGCUGUCAGGGUAAUUUUCUUGAAGAUGAUAACAGGUGUA